UUAUAUAUUCUAUUCACACUAUUUUGGAUUGAAAUUUUCGUCCGAACUCACCUUGACUGUCCAUGUUGUUGGCUCGGUUUGUGUUCGCUUGUUGUUUUGGCGAUCAAUUCCUUAUUUUAGCUAUCGUAAAUAAAGCUUUUCUUCUUUGAUUUUACUCCGUAACAUCUUAACAGGAAUAGUAGUGCAGAGGCUCGACAAUUCCUCGAUAAAUGCUGCCGGUAUUUUAGCCUUUUCCUUCAUCUAAUAUCAACCACCGCACCAGGUGAAAAUGGUUGCCCCAUUAAGCAACUGUUUUGGCCUUGUAGACGGAACGGUGCGACCAAUAUCGCGUCCAGGCCAAAACCAAAGAAUUGUAUAUAAUGGUCAUAAAAGAGUGCACUCUUUAAAGUUUCAGUCAGUGGCGCUGCCUAACGGCCUUAUCGGACACAUGUAUGGCCCAGUCGAGGGCAAAAGACAUGAUGCAUUUAUGCUGAUGGAAUCCAAUAUUUUGCAUGAAUUAGAAAACAAUGCAUUCUCCCCUACUGGUCAGGCGAUGUGUAUGUAUGGGGACCCUGCGUACCCAUUGAGGGUACACCUUCAAGCCCCUUUCCGUAAUGGAGUUUUGACCCCCAUGAUGGAAGAGUACAACUCAAGAAUGAGCUCAGUACGGUCGUCAGUAGAAUGGUUGUUUGGAGAAAUCAUCAACGACUUCAUAUUCUUGGACUUCAAAAAGAACCUGAAACUUAACCUUAGUUGUGUUGGAAAAAUGUACCUUGUUUGUGCAUUUCUUGAGAAUGUAAUAACCUGCUUGUAUGGAAACACUACUUCAGAGUUCUUUGGUCUUGACCCUCCCUCAAUAUACUACUACUUAAAUUAAAACA